AUGAAAAGAAAAACGAAAAUUAUAGAUAUCUCUUUACAGAAAGCCUGGAAAUCGCGGCAGCAGCAGCCCGACGAGCCAGAGAAAAAAACCAACUUUGUUCUUGAAGAAGUUCCUCGGUCGUUUGCUGGCUUGACGGAGCGUCUUCGCGCAAAGUUCAGCAGUCCCGAUUGUCUUUUCGCGGACAAGGAAAAACCGUACUACAACCCGGACGCCGAUGAUAUUUGGUGUUUAUGCGACGGCGUCCUGCGUUUUUUGAGGCGGGAGAAAGGUGUGGCCAGGCCGAAGGGGCGGACGAUUGUCGUCGGCGACCUCGAUGGAAAUUUGAGCGAGCUUUGGCGUAUCAUCCAUGCUUGGCUGUUGGAUGUGGUUGACGGAGGGCCCGGCCAAAACAUCAUUUUCCUCGGCAACAUCAUCGGUGGUCGUGGCAACCAUCAACUUGAAUGCUUGCUCAUGAUUUUGACCUACAAAGCACUCUACCCAUUCCAGGUGUUCAUCGUCCGUGGUAAUCAUGAAGACAACGACGACUACACUACUUUCCAAGCCGAUGUUAUUAAGCGCGGACUGCCUGUCGUUGGGCUGAUUGAUGGCCGAAUUCUCUGCAUGCACGGCAUGAUAUCGAUGGAGCUGACCAAAGAGAUGCUUCAACAAGCAUCUGCGUUGGAACGAUCCAUCAGAAAAAGUAGAAUUUUACGAGCCCAAUCCCACGCGAAAACACGGCAUGUUCUGGGCCCGAAGGGCAUCAAAGAAGCCAUGGAUCGGCUCGACGUCGAAUUCGUCCUCCGAAGCCACCAGAUGAUGACAAAUGGUGUGCGCCGAUUUGCCAACAUGCCGGUGGCCACCGUCUUCUCAUCGUCGUUCCACGGAGACAAGAAAAACCUGGGCGCCGUUCUCUUCGUCGAUCCGCAGCAAAAUGGCAUCGCGCCGAUCUUCAUCGUCAGUAUGGACGACAAGAUCGAAACGCAAGAGGAAUUCGACGAGAAGUUGCGUGAGGGAUGGAAGGUUGACGAUUAUUCGACGCCGCCUGAGAGUGCCACGGUGAGGGGAAAGCCGCAAGCGCAGAAGGACGGAACGAAA